GACAUGGCGUCCCGGCCGAACGCAGAAGCCCAACCAACUGCAGCAGGAGAACAGCCGGCUGAUGACAGCAUGCUCCUGUCUCCAUCCUCUUCACCCGUUCGCCGUUCUUCCGCCGUGACAUCGCCAUCUUUUGACGUCGACGAGAUUGGGCUUUUCAUUAGGAGCCGGCUAAACUGCAGUGGCGUCGACGUCGAUGCCGUAGGUGCUCAGCAGAGGAAUAAAAAUGAAGAAUAUUUGCUACCGACACAGCAUAAAGUCGAAGCCGCUUCGAGUACAGUUCACCCAGACGGGAAAGGCGACGUUAACGCCACACCUGCGGAAGCCUUGCCAACUCCGAAGGUGCCACGGGUCGCGUCGACAACGGGACACACCGACGACUCCGCACCACGCAACAGCGCUGUUAGCAGCACGGAACGCAGGGGCUCGUCUUCACACGGAAUCGAAGUGGAGGCGAGCAAGCCGACUUCCGGCAGCAAGACUUCGUUUUUCGGCGGUUUCACGUGGAGCCUAUCGCAGGGAAACAAGCAGAAAAAAUCCGACAACCAUUCCCCUCGGUCAGCGUCACCACAGGCAAAUCGAGAGGGCCGCGUCAAUUGCUCCGGCAAAGCGGACGCCAUGGAAGGUGUCGCUUCGGACGCAGCGCGCAGCACUGUUUCUUCCGAUUCCGCUCAAAGAGUACAGGCCGUCACGAGGAACUGGCAGACAGUGGCAGGUGUUCUGAGACGGCUGACGCCGCGCUGGCAUCGACGGCUGGUACGGAAGGAAGGGUGA